AUGUCCUCGGCCCCCCCUUCCAACACUCUCUCACAGGAAGACGUCCAGUCCCAUGAUACGCCCUUAUCCAAAUUGCCGGAAGACACCCCUGAUGAAGAAUACGAAAAGGUUCAAAGAAGCGAGCUCAUCAAGCGAGCAUUCUUCAAGGGAACUGAAAAACGUAUUGGCAGCAGAAUCAGGUACACUGCCGAAGAGCCAGUCACGCAAGACAGCUUGGGAAACAUCAGGACGCCAAUGCAGAUUGAAAUAUCAUCUGUAUUUGCUGAAGGACAAGAGGACCCCCAGAAGUGGCUGGUCGACUUUACGACUUCCGUAAUCGAAGAAGGUCAACAGAACGUCGUUUGGAAUGCAUCUUUGGGGUUGAACGAUUCACUUUCGCCGGCCCAUGUAAUGAACGAGAUCGUCGGAGACAAGCUACGCAAUACACUUCUGCAAGACUAUGGGAGUGCACUUGUGGAGUUUGAGGACUCUUGCAAAGACAUGUCGAUAGAGGACCUGGAGAGGCAGCUCGAUAGAAUGUCCGGUUUCGCCACUCCAAAACAGGAUCGAUCAAUGUGGGAGAAGCUGGCUGUGUGGGCUGAGAAUACAGAGCUGGUCGGCCAUCUCUCAGGCGAGGUCAUAGGGGAACAUUCUGUGACAGGCGAAUCUCUCAACAUGGCAUCUUUGGAAGUGGCCAAGGAGGGGUUGCGAAUGGAAAUGGAAGCAAAGGAAAGCUUCUACCAGGGAAUAUAUGGAGAAGCGGCUCCGGAGGAUCUGAAUGAUACCGACAGCCUUCCGGGAGGGGGCACGCGCGAUGAAUGA